AUGUCUACUGGUGGAGAACUCUUUGGGUCUAGUGAGCUGACAGCUCCAGAUUACUCAAUUAGAAAACUGGGUAAGCAGAUCCGCAUCAAUACUGAAGACAACCUUGUCUGGGCCAGAAUCAUCAAGAGACUUCCCAACAAUGUCCCGCUUCUCCGUUUCCGGGAUGGCGACCAGAGCAGGAAUCCCUACAGAUUUGCCACACCCGGAGACGACGAGAGGCAGGGAAGGCCAGCGACGGUCACUCAUCUACUCGGAAGCGAGUUUCGGGUGACAUACUACGACAACGUCACCAAGAGUGGUGAUGCCACUGCAAUUGUCACCGAGGAUGAGUUGCAGAGAAUGUUCUAA